AUCUGUUUAAUAAUUAUUUAAUAUGUAUCGGGUUUUUCCAAGGCUAAAAAUAAAAUACAAAAAUCCCCAGCAAUUGACUCUAGAAGGGCAAAACAAAAUAAGAUGGCUGUUCAGAGAAUAUCCGAGUCAGUGUAUGUGGGGAUUUGUCUCAAGAUAGGAACCCAACAACAGGUGACUUACAGGAGAGACAUACAGGACAUUGCAGAGAUGUUGAAAAACAACGAAAUAUUAAAUAAACAGAACACAGUGAUGCUGAGUGGGAGUCGUAGAGAAGGGUUCAGAUUGAGUGGAUCAGACAUGGACCACAUGCAUUGUCUAAAUAACCACCGAGUGAUCUGGGACUUCUCUCAGUGUCAGUUUUACAACACACAAGAACACGCAUUGAUUCUCUGUGACAGUUCUGAGAGUCCACCAGGAUUCACUUUACUAUGGUUACCAUUAGAAAGAACUAGUCAUGGAGUGAUGUCAGCGUGUGUAAGGAUGAAUGGAAUGCUUUAUAUAUCAAGUUCAAAGUACAGAGAGGUCACAUGUUCUUUAGUUUUUCCUGGUUCUUCGCCUCACGGACCAUGUGGUAGUGGAUCAUUUGGUAGUGUGGAAUACGAUACUGCCCAUUGCUUUAUCAGUGAUUUCUGGCCUCCGUCUGCCUCCUCAUGGAUAGGCAGGUGUCACUCAUGGCCCCCACCUCAUGUUGUAAAUGAUAUUAUUAGAAAUGGGUGUCACUUUGUAGCGAUAGGACACAAACUAGGAAAUCAUACAGACAACGAAUGGAGAAUUUCUUUUUCUCAGGCCGAAUACAAACUUGUGUGUUUAAUGAAUCACACACAAUUUUUAAUUUAUGGAUUGCUGAAAUUGUUCUUAAAGGAAAUAAUUAAUGAAGGAUUGAGAGAUGAAGAUAAACUACUGUGUUCCUAUCACAUGAAAACGGCUGUUUUCUGGGCGAUUCAACAAAAUGCUCUACCUCACUGGUAUCCACAAAAUCUCAUGGUCGGUUUCUGGGUCUGCUUUAAACUUCUCCUUAAAUGGGUGUAUGAGGGAGUGUGUCCCAAUUUUUUUAUUCCAGAGAAUAACAUGUUUUUGAGCAAUAUCUAUGGUGAAGCACAACAGACAUUAUUCACGCGACUAUAUAGAUUGUAUGAGAAUGGCCUAGCAUUGCUGCUACACAGUCCCUCCAUCAGUUCCUACAUCACUAAUGUUCUGUGUAAUCCUAGACUUACAAUUUGUACUGAUGAACACACUCUGAUUUCUGAGGUUGAAGUUGAUGAAGAUAUUUUCGGAGAGAUAUAUGAAAACGAUGCAAUAAGCAAAAUGGACCUACAUACAUGUGAAAUAUAUCUACACAGGGUAGAACAGUUGUUAGGUUUACCGCUUACACAGUAUCACAUUGUCAUGUUACAGAAACUUACAGCCACCAUCCUUCAGUGUACUGCAUUUAUGUUACACAGCAUGUACACUAACACAGGUUCUAACAAACAGUUGUUUAUUGUAGACAAAGUAGCCUGUCGUUUUGUGAAAUUAUCAGCCAAGUUUGGGUUUGUGUCUGACAUGUUAUACAUUGCAAUGUAUUAUUACAAGAGUUUCCGGUACAGGGAUGCUUUAUCAGUUAUAGAUAUCACAAAGGUCAAGUUAGCACAACCAUAUCUGAUGUAUGAGAGUUAUGUAGACAGAGAGAGGUAUACAGAGGCUGUAGGGGGGCAAUCAUUAUCUACAAAGAUGAGACAGACUGUAGCACAAGAUAUCCAACUUUACAAUGAUAUCUUUUAUAUCAAUGAAAUAAUACCAGAACAACAGUCUAGUAAACAAAACAAUGAGCCUUCCUUGUAUAUUCCACCCCUGGUACUGUUGUAUAUGUUAGAGUUUUUGUGCUCUAGACAUGUUGAUACAAUGAGAGCACAGAGAGCUUUAGAUGAUCUACAGGCCCUAGUCCACCAUGAUCAGGGACAGUUAGUACCUGUAGAGCUCAGAGACAUCUCCUGGGAGAUCCUGGGGAUCUGUCAACAGAUCACAGGGAACCUCCAUGCUGCCCUGUACUCAUACCAACAGUCACUCAGACAGUAUCCAUUACAUAAAAUACAAACUGCUACCAGACAGAGAAUUCAGGAUCUACAUUUAUGAACUCAAUGACAAUUAAGAAGUAUGGAAUUCCUGUAUGUCAAACACUGACAUUGUUAAUUGUAUUUGUUCUGGUUGGUUUUCACUAAAGUUGCCUUGUGUAUGUGUAAAGGGGGGGGGGUGCACUUAUGAUUUGUAUAACCCAGUAAAUAAGUGUACAUUUAUCUUAAUUUAAAGCAAAUUUAAAAUUUGUUAAUUUAAUCAAUAUUGUAAACCUAAAUUCCAAUUAAAAAAAAAAAAAUAACUUGUAUAUGUUAUGAUAGUUUUUAGUAAUAAACAUAAUUCUCUAUAUAUAAAUGUCUCAAUUUUGAAUACAAUGUGCGGCCCAAUUCAUCACAAUGUAAUUUUUUAAAUAAUUCUACAAGCAUCGGACAGGUGCGCCUCC